CUCCAAUGUGAGGAGCAGCUGCUGCAGGGCCACUGCUGGCUUCCAUUCAUUACCAUACAUUCGCUUGUGUCCAUCACCAAGUGGACGAGUUCAUCUUAUGCCUAGAAUAGAUUUCUGAUCACAUUCAUUCAUCGCUAAUGUAGACGAGCGCCGUCAGGAGGAAUUUUCAUCAGUUUGCGGUGGUAAUGUUGAUGUGAGCUGUUACUGCGGAGAUUCUCCGCUCACCGAUCACAAGCUGAUCUCACGCGCACUGCAAUGAUCGCUUCAUCACAUCCAGUCUGAAUCUGGUCGAAUCUCUGGUGCCGAGGGGACUGCAUUGGUUUUACCCCUGCUAACAAGGAGAUCAAAAUGGGGAACAGUUUCUCCAACAUAUCUGCGUUUCAGUCUCUCCAUAUAGUGAUGCUUGGCUUGGACUCCGCAGGGAAAACCACGGUCCUUUACAGACUGAAAUUCAACGAGUUUGUCAACACUGUGCCUACAAUAGGAUUCAACACGGAAAAAAUCAAGCUGAGUAACGGCACGGCCAAAGGAAUAAGCUGUCAUUUUUGGGACGUUGGUGGGCAGGAGAAACUCCGGCCCUUGUGGAAAUCUUACAGUAGAUGCACGGAUGGCAUUAUUUAUGUGGUGGACUCUGUAGACGUGGAUCGACUGGAGGAGGCCAAGACGGAGCUGCAUAAAGUCACCAAAUUCGCUGAAAACCAAGGAACGCCGCUGUUGGUCAUAGCUAAUAAACAGGACCUGCCAAAAUCUCUGUCUGUUGCGGAUAUAGAGAAGCAGCUGGCGCUCCAGGAGCUCACGCCUGCCACUACGUACCACAUCCAACCGGCCUGUGCCAUCAUAGGCGAGGGGCUUCACGAAGGCAUGGACAAACUGUACGAAAUGAUAGUCAAACGACGAAAAAGCCUCAAACAGAAGAAAAAGCGAUAACUCUCUACAAAGCCUGCACCUGCCUUUUUCCAUUGCCCGAGUCAUUGGGUUUGCCAUUUCAACGUUGCACUGUUGACAUUCAUCGGAAUGGUUGUUUGUUGUCGAGUUGGAUUUAUGUUGCAUGUGAUCGUGAUGACGCAGGUGAACCAAAAUAACAAUAAAAAAUUUUGAAAUAAUUUGUUUAAUAUAAAAGGGCUGGUCCCGAUUAAGCUGCCAUUAAUUUGCAUAGCCUGGUCAUCCGUUUGAAGGAGUUCUCUACUGAAGCACUGAAAAACGCUGUGACAUUUCAUGGAAUGCUUGAUAUCUUAUUUUGACUCUUAUGGAAUAUAGAGUAAACUUCUAAGAACAUUAUCAAGAACUGUAUCUUCAAAAUCCCAGAAUGAAACGGGUUUGAGGACAAAAUUACUGUAACUUCAG